CGGACAUUCAUUUCGGGAGGUCUCUGGUCGUACGAUCUCUGUUAUACGUACUGUUCUGGAUUGCCUUGCGCCUACACAUUUUAUCUGAGAGCCAUACACCACUGAGAUCCUUGAUCAGUUGUUUACUUACUGUUUGGAUGGUCGACAGAUAUGGCGUUAUUGUGGGACCCUCAUAUGUUUCUUCAUUGUGGAGACUCAUCUGCCUGACAGAGUUGCGAGGCAGUUUGGUAUGGUGCAGUCUAUUCCAGCUGCUGUGGAGUAUUCCAGUGAUCUCCACAAGAUGAGCUUGAAGGGAAAUCAGGUUAUUAGAUGGACUCGGCUAUAUCAGCCAUUCGUUGCCAUUUGGGACACUCGGCUGGACCAUAUAUUCCAGGCCGACUUGAUUGCUGGUGAGAGUACUGUUCCUGGGUAUAGUGAUUGGUACCUACAGAGGACUGUGAGAUUUAUCUCUCGCCUGGGUGCAUUUCAGCAUCAUGUUGGUGAUUUGUUUCGGAGGAUUACUGAUGUGGCACAUGAGCCUGCUGAUGUGCUUAAGCUAUCUACUGGAGGUUUUGAGUUUGUUCGAGAUUUCAACCUUCAUUGGUUUGAUGCGCUGCCAUUACAGGAGCAUAGAGCGAUAGAGAUACAGGCGAGGCAAAACCUUGGCCGUCGCCCGAAGCAUGUUGGAGGACGAGCUCGAGGUCGAGCAGCUGCUGUGGUUGAUCCUGUUGAUGCAGCAGAUCCAGUUGAUGUUCCUGAGGACACGCGUCUUGGAGAUGAUCAUGAUGAUGGAGCAGGGACAUCAACUGGUAUGCAGACUACUACUACACAUCCUCUGCUUGAGCAGCCUGGUACUACUUCUACAGAUCCCCCCUCUGAGCAGCCUGCUACUACUGCUACAGAUCCCCCUUCUGAGCAGCCUGCUACUACUACUAGACAACGUCGUCAGAGGGAGCCUAGGGAUCUUGAGGCACCUCGAUUUGAUCUUUUGACUCCUACUCCAGAUUCACAGGAUCCUUCUGAUCAGUCUGGUAGUCAGCAGCCUCCUCCUCUUCAUCAUUCUCACGGGUAUACUGCUAGGGUACCGAGGGACAUCACUCCUCCUUCUUUUGAUCUUGGUAUUACUCUUCCCGGUCCGGUUGAUGGUACCUCUACUGAUGCAUCACAGGGUUCGCAGCAGAAGCAUAAGGAACCGUCCCAAACAUAUGUUCGGAGGUCAAAGAGACAAGUCAUCCCAACUAGAUGUGGUACUGAUGGGGAAAAGCGCCCCAAGAAGUGAUAUCAGUUAUCUGUAGUAUUUGGCUAU